AUGGAGGUUGUUCCGGCAGGUCGUCGGAGUGAAAUGUGUUCUAUUUGCAAUGUGAGAGCACAUAAUGGAUUCAGUUAUGGGGCCUACUGUUGCAAUGCGUGUAAAAUGUUCUUCCGUCGUGUUCUCUUCGUUGGAAACCUUGAACCAUGUAAGAGUAGUGGCAACUGUCUUAAAAAAUGUCGAUUCUGUCGUUUCAAAAGAUGCAUUGAAGCCGGAAUGACCUACACCCCAUCUGAAAUUGACAUGAAUAAUACGGACCCAUUGACAGCGUGGAUUUUCAAUUUAAAGCAUCAAGAGACUCAUCGAGAAUUUCAAUUGCUAAAUUGCCUGUUCGAAGGAGAUCCAACAGUAAAAGAAGUUUCCGAAAUCGAUGGACCCCUUCAAUUCCGUCCGAGACCUUUAAACCAUCCAAUGGAUUUGGGUGAAUGGGUUUUUAUCACUGGAAUGACCUCUUUGAAUUUUCUCAAAAGAUUUACCCAUGUCUCAAUGAUGAACCCAGCGGAUAAGGCGAAUUUGCUGAAGUAUACAUUUUUUGACUUUUCAAUUUUUUCGGAUGCAAUCCGAGCGAAUGUUCGGAACCAGGAGUUUAUCUCAUUCCCAGAUGGAACGGAAGUGGUCGAAGUGAGAGUGGACGGAGUCACGGAAACAUUUUUAAAUGGAAUACGGUGUCGGUUGGCGGCGAGAGUGAAUGAAUUGAGAGUGACUCAGGAGGAAUUCAUGUUGUUGACACAGAUCUUCUUUUGUAAUCCUGCCCUACCCAAUCUGACUGUAAGUGGUCGUGGAAUGCUGAAUACUUAUCAAAAGAUCUACACAUCGGCUCUUCUUAGAUACUGCUUCCUUACUUAUCAACAAUCAGCACCCGCCCGUUUCACUGAUCUUUUAUCGAUUUUUCAAGUGAUCGUCUCGACGAGACAGGAUAUUUCACAUCUUUUUUAUCUGAAUACAAUGCAACAUCCGUAUGAAAAUUUGAAACAAAUUUUCAUUUUUCGAUAG